AUGGAAGACAAACCUGUUGACUUCGCCAAUGGCGGUGCUCCCACAGAUGAUUGUUUACAGCGUCCAUCUUCACCGCUUGUGGUUGCGGAUGCAAGCGUUCCAAGCUUGUUAGACUCGCGAAAAGUGUCAUCGACGACUGAUAUCAGCAUCACCCAACCCCGCUAUCUGCCGCUCGAGAACGAAUCGACGUCUUCUUCGCUAAAAUUCAGUGAAGCAUUCGCGCAUUUAAGGAAGACAUCGUCUUAUGUGGCACCAGUGUUGCAAGAAGGAAGAGCUCCAAUGCGAGACUCAGCCGCUACUGUGUUCGUGAAUCGACGUCAGAAAGGGAAUCCGAUGCUCAAGGCAGUGCGCAACGUCGGGCUCGAGUUCCGAGAUGGACUGGUACCGGAUUAUGUAAUGGAAGAGUCAUCAUGCUGCGUUUUGUUCCUGAGUGUAAGAUACCACCUGCUGCAUAAUUCAUAUCUAGACGAACGCUUGCAAAGUGUAAGAAAGGAUGAUCCAACGCGCUAUAAAACCAAAGUCGUUUUGUGUUUCGUAGACGUGGACGACAAUGAGGUGGCAUUGCGUGAAAUCAAUCGUGUCACGCUGUUAAGUGACUUCACACUGGUACUUGCGUGGAGCUGGCUUGAAGCUGCCCGAUAUCUAGAAACUUUUAAGGCAUACGAAAAUAAGUCGGCGACCAUCAUUAAGGAGAAAAUAGAGGCCGAGUUUCUUCCCAAAGCCAGCGAUGUGCUCACGUCUAUCCGUUCAGUAAAUAAGACGGAUGUAAUUACGCUUUUGUCUACGUUUGGAACAGUCAAGGGACUGAUGAACGCUUCUAUGGAGGAGCUAUCGCUUUGCCCUGGCUUAGGUGCCAAGAAGGUGCGGCACCUACUCGAGACUUUCCAGGAGCCCUUUAUGAAACAGUAA